AACGUAUGAGAAGCUCGUAGAACGACAGCAGAAAAAUGGAGAGUAAAACCGUCACUCCACUGUCCUAUGAACAGUGAUGAACAGGGAUGAAUAGGGCGACCACAUUUAGUAUACGUAGAAUUUCUUAUGUAGACACUCAAAGCUUUAUCAUAUACGAAAUAAGCACAAAGCAAGAACAACAAAGAAACAGGGAGAAACAGAGACAGAGAUGGGUGACGAUAGUAAUGGAAGCUCCGCCGGCUCUGAGGAGUCCUUUGUGAAGUUGCCAACUAUAAAGUUCACCAAGCUCUUCAUCAAUGGAGAAUUCGUCGAUUCCAUUUCAGGUAAAACAUUUGAGACGAUAGAUCCAAGAACAGGGGAGGUGACAACCAGAGUUGCAGAGGGAGAUAAGGAAGACGUGGAUUUGGCCGUGAAAGCUGCACGAGCCGCCUUUGACGGUGGCCCCUGGCCUCGCUUGCCCGGCGUUGAGAGGAGAAAGAUAAUGAUGAAGUUUGCGGACUUGAUCGAUGAACACACAGAAGAACUAGCCAAGUUGGAUACAGUUGAUGCUGGGAAGUUAUUCAGUUUUGGCAAAGCCAGGGACAUACCUCAGGUAUCACAAACUAUACGUUACUAUGCGGGUGCAGCUGAUAAAAUUCAUGGAGAGGUGCUCAAAAUGUCGCGCGAGCUUCAAGCUUAUACUUUACUCGAACCAAUUGGUGUUGUGGGACACAUCAUUCCAUGGAAUUUUCCGAGCGGCAUGUUCUCUGUUAAAGUUGCUCCUUCCUUAGCUGCUGGUUGCACCAUGGUCAUCAAACCUGCUGAGCAGACACCUCUUUCAGCUCUCUAUUACGCUCAUCUGGCCAAGUUGGCUGGCGUUCCUGAUGGAGUGAUUAAUGUCAUAACUGGAUAUGGAGAGACUGCUGGUGCGGCUAUCACUCAUCAUAUGGACAUUGACAAAGUCAGUUUUACUGGUUCCACAGACGUAGGCCGCAAAGUGAUGCAAGCUGCAGCAAAGAGCAACUUAAAAGCAGUUUCCCUUGAACUAGGGGGCAAGUCACCCCUUUUAAUUUUUGAUGAUGCUGACCUAGAUAAGGCUGCUGACCUUGCUCUCUUAGGAAUCCUCUCCAACAAGGGAGAAACUUGUGCGGCAAGUUCUCGUGUUUUUGUUCAAGAAGGGAUCUAUGAUGAACUUGUGAAGAAAUUAGAAGUAAAGGCAAAAUCUUGGGCUGUUGGGGAUCCUUUUGAUCCUAAUGUUCGUCAAGGACCCCAGGUUGAUAAGCAGCAGUUUGAGAAAGUCUUAACCUACAUUGAGCAUGGAAAAAGAGAAGGAGCCACUUUGUUAACAGGGGGCAAGCCUUUGGGGAACAAGGGAUAUUACAUCGAGCCAACAGUGUUCACUGAUGUCAAGGAUGACAUGCUCAUAGCCAAGGAUGAGAUAUUUGGACCUGUAAUGUCAUUGAUGAAGUUCAAGACCUUAGAGGAGGCAAUACAGAGAGCCAAUAACACCAAAUAUGGCCUAGCAGCAGGCAUUGUAACCAAGAACAUCGACGUUGCUAACACCGUCUCAAGAUCAAUCCGCGCUGGUAGUAUAUGGAUCAACUGCUACUUCGGCAUCGACAACGAUUGCCCUUUUGGAGGAUACAAGAUGAGUGGUUUUGGAAAAGACUGGGGUAUGCAGGGCAUCCACAAGUAUAUGCAUACUAAAUCUGUGGUCACUCCCAUCUAUAACUCUCCAUGGCUCUAAAUCACCAUUACCCAAGCAUUGUGUACAUUAAGUUUUUAAGUUGCAGUUCUUCACUUUUUGGGAAUUGUCAGAGUUUGUAUCAUCAUGUAUGAGCCUUUUUCUGGUGUUGUUGCAAAAUAAAAUAAAGUCUCCGUUUCACAUACGGGUCUUUUUUAGACU